UUUUUUUUUGCACAAAUGACACAUUAUUCAGUAGUUUCCUUUUCCUUACUCUUAUUUAUUCUUUUAACCAUAUCUAAUGUAGUAGCGGGAAUAAAAUUCGAUCUUGUGGCAACUCCUUCAAAUGCAAUAACACCGAAAUGUGUUUCGCAAUACGUUUCUAACGGUACUUUAGUAGUAGUCACAGUUAAGGCUGGAAUUGGCUACAACCAGAGAGUUGAUGCAGAGAUAACUGAUAAUAGUUCUUCUCAUAACGAAUACGGACGUAAAAGAGAUAUAGAUGGAGAAUCUCGUAUGCCUUUUACUACACAUACUGACGCGGAUAUUUCGGUUUGUUUAACAAAUAUUUUAGAUGACGGAUUCCGUCCUGACCCAAAAUAUCAUCGUACAAUUGAUUUGGAUAUUGAUGUAGGUGCUGAAGCUAUUGAUUAUAAUGCAUUAGCUCAGGCCGAAAAGUUAAAACCUAUGGAAGCUGAAUUAAGAAAAUUAGAACAAGUUGUUCAAGAAAUUGUUGAUGAAAUGGAAUAUUUACGGAGACGUGAAGCAAGAAUGAGAGAUACAAAUGAAUCUACAAAUGAACGUGUCAAAUGGUUUAGUCUUGGCAGUAUGUUUGUACUCGUAGGUUUAGGAGCUUGGCAAAUUUUCUAUCUCAAGAAAUUCUUCCAGAAAAAGAGAUUAAUUGAUUAAAAAAAAUAAAUUAUAAUUAUAUUUUUUAUUCUUCUUAUAUUCCAAACCUUAUUUUACCAAUUAGAUAUAAUAAUAGUUUUGUUAAAAUAAGACCUAAAUUUUUAAUGAUUAUUUGUCAGAUUUAAUUAGUUGUAAUUUAGAAAAAUUUCAUAAAAAAAAAAAUUAUUUCUUGCAUAAAAAAAAUAAUAAU